AGGGGGCGCUGUGCACGUAUUAAUGCAAUGACAGCAAAACCAGGAGUAUGAUUUCUCGAACGUGGCCAGCGCUGCAGAAAUAUUGUCCCAUUAUGCAAACCCGCUUUUCAAUGCCUAUUUCGAGCAAAUUGCACACUUGAUACCCAUUCUAUAAGUGUUCUCGCUGAGUUUCUCCGGUGAUCCCCACCCGGGACCCCUCGACGUGGCCGCCGUCCCGACCUGAGGACGCUGCACUCCGGGAUCACUCCUCCGCGUUUCUCCACCGGACCGUUUCACCAAAUAAAAAAACACCGAGCAACAACUUAUCCCCCUCCGUUUCACUUUCCGUGGACGUGUCGUGAACAGUCCGGUCCAAGAUGUCGGUGGCGGGGUUUAAGAAGCAGUUCUACAAAGCCAGCCAGAUGGUGAGUGAAAAAGUGGGCGGCGCCGAGGGAACCAAGUUAGACGAAGAGUUCAAAGACUUGGAGCGGAAAGUAGAUGUGACCAGUAAAGCAGUGGUGGAGGUCAUCUCCAAAACGUCAGAGUACCUCCAGCCCAACCCAGCCUCCAGAGCCAAGCUGUCGAUGUUGAACACGAUGUCCAAGAUCCGCGGGCAGGUGAAGAACCCGGGCUACCCCCAGGCCGAGGGGCUGCUGGGCGAGUGCAUGGUCAAGUACGGCCGGGAGCUGGGAGAAGACACCAACUUUGGGGGAGCCCUGGUGGAUGUGGGCGACUCCAUGAGGAGGAUGGCGGAGGUGAAGGACUCGCUGGACAUCGACGUCAAACAGAACUUCAUCGACCCCCUGCAGGGACUCUGUGACAAGGACCUGAGGGAGAUACAGCACCACCUGAAGAAGCUGGAGGGGCGGCGGCUGGACUACGACUACAAGAAGAAGCGGCAGGGGAAGAUCCCCGACCUGGAGAUCCGCCAGGCGCUGGAGAAGUUCCACGAGUCCAAGGACGUGGCGGAGACCAGCAUGUACAACCUGCUGGAGACCGACCAGGUGGAGCAGGUGAGCCAGCUGUCCUCCCUGGUGGAGUCCCAGCUGCAGUACCACCGGCAGGCCGUGACCGUGCUGGACGAGCUGUCCGACAAGCUCAGAGAGAGGAUGAACGAGGCCCAGUCCCGACCACGCCGCGAGUACACGCCCAAACCCAAGCCUGUCUAUGACUACGAGGACAACGACCAAUCGAACGGCGACUACAGCACGGUGGUCCCGCCUCCAGCACGCAACUCGGUCCCGGAGCAGCCCAGCUGCAAGGCGCUCUACGACUUCGACCCGGAGAACGAGGGCGAGCUGGGCUUCCGCGAGGGCGACAUCAUCACGCUGACCAAUCAGAUCGACGAGAACUGGUACGAGGGCAUGCUGCACGGCCAAUCAGGAUUCUUCCCUCUCAACUACGUGGAGGUGCUGGUGGCCCUGCCCCUCUAAAGUCAUGGUAGGGUGAGAGGGAGAGAGGGAGAGGGAUGAGGGUGAAGCUAGAGAUGGGGUGUAGAAUUUUCAUCUUCAUCUUGUAGUCCACCACGACAUCAUCUUCAUUAAUACUACAGUCUCCUUUCUGUCUUCGGGACUUUGAAGGGAAAUUCAGAAGACGAUGAUGUUACACAUUCCAGUUGAGAAAUGUAUUAAAAUAAAGACCACUCCCACAACGAGGUUAGAAGGUCAGGUUCCCUCAUCUGAGACAACUCGUUAUGAAAUCAUGUUUACCUCUGAACAGCUGAAUUGAGGAGAAAAAAAACGUUACUUCAUUUUUUUUAAUUGACAAGAGUGCAACUCGUACAUCAAACAGGUGACUUUAUUGUUCCCCUACAUUUCAUAAACAAUAUGGUUUUAAUUGUUGUGCAGAGCCGAGUCAAUUGAAUUGACUCUGCUGCCCUCUGGACGCCCCCUGUUGGCUGAACUCAUUAUGACACCAGGCGUAAAGUUGCACAGUAGCAGAUAUAGGUCACGCGGUCGAACGUCUGAACACUUGUUGUUUUUAAAAGAUUUAUUGUUGUUUUUGUGCUUUUGGUUUCCGUCAAUUAUGAGCCUUAAAAAUCCGUUCUACAUUUCGGGGUUUACCUUAAGAGCCAGAGACACUCCCCACACAGUGACACCCUGACCCUGAGGCUGUGGCCCCGGGCUCCAUCACACCCUCAGAGACCAGACCUCUCUGAAGGUCCUGAUAGGAUUUCAGUAUUUACUCCUCAUAACUUUUUAUCUCGCCGUUUGCGCAACAAUUCAUCAGAGUUGUGCCGUUAUUCCGGAUCUGUGAAAACAAAAGUUUUGUUAACGCACCUUGGUCCCCAAAUGAGAUUCACGCGAGCGUGCGUUUGUGUUUUUUUCCGAUGGUGAGACGACUCCACCGUGACGCCCAGACCCAAAGUUGAUGCUCUUCUUGCACCUGUUUUUCACUUCAACUUUUAGCCACUAAUCAGUACACUGUCUGUGUAUCAUACCAUGUGUCUGGUAUACAUGUAUGGUAUAUAGGUAUAUAGGUAUAUACGUAGGGUGCAUCAGCCACAUGGCUCUCAGCAAAACCACAGUACCUUCCUGUUGUCUUACACAGUACUUACUGUACUGUACUACACGUGAUGCCUCUGCAUCACCAGUCGGUCUCAGCACCUGCUCGCUCUUUAUGACACUCGUCUACCAGGUUUUACUCACCGGACCUGAGGACACUGCAGGCAGUGUCUCUUUAGUCCCAUCCACCACGAUCCACCCCACUGUUUACUAUCUGCCCUCCACCUUCUCCUGUAUGAUGGUGUCUUAAAUGCAUCGUUCCGAUUGGUUUAGUGGUCCAUCAGACUGUGAGGGAGAGACCAGGGUUGAAAAGGGAGUUCUUAAAGGGAAAGGUCCACCGUUGGAAGUCUUCUUCCCCUGUCGUGUCGCAUGACUCUUUUCUGCCACCUCUUUUUACUCAACCGGGCAGAUGAGUUAAGUUAUGUAUAGAUCGGUGAUUAUGAUGAAGGAUCCCAGGGGGACUUUAAGAGACUUCUUCUCCCUCUGUUCCAUCUCCUCUCGUGUUUACAUGUCUCAUCUACAGUACAUUUCACUGGUAGUAGUAGAGGGCUUCAGGGUGGAUGUUUGGUGUGGACUCACUGUAUUAUAGGAGGGCAGCAAGACACAAGCCUCCUGCGCUUAGCUGUUUUAGUGCCUUUGAAAAAGGGAGGUGGAGACGUGACUAAUAAUAACCAAAAUAAUAUAGACUUUUUUUAAAUGGUCAUGAAUUUCCUGACCCGAUCCGUUUAUUCUAUCCCGUUUUGUAUUGUUUUCAUCCUCCCACCAUGGCACUUUGCUGUGCACAAACGUAGUGCAUGUGUACACGGUCCCAGACCCCACAUGGGACAGGGCUGACUGGUUUACUCUGCCCACAUGGACAUCUGGUCUGGCAGUAGGGCACGCUGGUUAGGUUAACGGCGUCUGUGUGUUUUAAUCGGACAGCUAGAAUACUCCCUUUUACACCGCGAAAAUCACUUUGUCUCUCCUAUAGUAUUUUUUUUGUAUCGACCCUAGCCAUUUUUAAAUUUAACUUUGCAUGUAGUCUCAUAUGAUACCUUGUUAAUGUAUGUUUUAGUUUAAGUUACCUUUCCAUGUUUUUUAUGUCAUGAGUCCAACAUUUAACGGCAAUACUUUGUGAUUUAUUAUCAAUAUAUUUGUACAUGCUUCUUGUUUUGUCAACCUUCCCCAUUCUUUUAAUAAAGAAAGAAAAAUAAUUGCAA